AUGAUUUCCUGUGUACAGUGUGGUGACGAAUACAUAGGAGCAACAGCUAGACCACUAUGUAUUCGAAUCAAAGAACACCUGGACAUCAAAAGGAAAUCAUGUGACUCCACUGCAUUGGGUGGUCACAGGUCACCUCACAUCAGGUAUCUAGCAGUGGCAGGACAGUCAGCUGAUCCUAAGGCUCUGAAGAAGGCGAUAGUGCCGAAACGUUAG